AUGAUUUCUCAAAUACAUCCAUCAUUGGAAGAAGCAUCAAUAGAUGUAACUAAAGAUUUGGAUGAGAAAGAUGAACGCAGUGGACAAAUAAAGUUCGCUAAUUCUGAUACGACGCCGACGUCAAAGGAGAGAAAUCUGAGGGAAACGAGAAAAGCUAAUCUAGGAGUAAUGCUUGGUGUGUAUUUACCAACGAUCCAGCAUAUUCUUGGUGUGACAAUGUUCAUACGACUGGCAUGGGUAGUUGGAAUAGCUGGCAUAGUGGACACUAUGAUUUUGUUACUACUUUGUUGCUUAUGUACUUUGUUGACAAGCAUUUCGCUAUCAGCGGUAGCAACAAAUGGUAUUGUUGAAAGUGGGGGAGUUUAUUUUAUGAUUUCAAGAAAUUUGGGAGCCGAAUUUGGCAGUGCUGUGGGUAUUUUGUUUUAUUUAGCGAAUACGGUGGCAUCAUCGAUGUAUUUAAUUGGAGGGAUUGAAGUGAUGCUGCUCUACAUUUUUCCAUCUUUAACUAUUGGCGGUAGCGAUGUACACUCUGAUACUGAUAUGUGGGGGAUGAUGUCACAUAAUUAUCGUAUUUAUGGUUCAAUACUUCUUUUAUUGGAAGUAAUAAUCGUGGCUAUGGGUGUACGAUUUGUACAACUCAUUGCACCGGUGUCUCUAUUAGUCGUAAUUAUUUCUAUACUUGCAUGCUUUGCUGGCGGUCUGGAAAAAGCGAUUAAUCAUAGCGGUCAACAUGUAUGUAUGCUGAACCAACAACUUCUUCAAUCACGAAUAUUUUUUCCGCAUGGCGCCGAUCUGUCAACACUUUGCAAGCGAUGCGUUAAAUCCGAAGAUAUAUCGGAUGAUUUUUGCAACAGUACAACAGCAUCCUUUUGCACACAUUUCACUGCAUCAACGUUAGCAUGUACCAACGCAUUCCCUGGCAUCAAUAUGCAAACUUUUUAUGAUAACAUGAAACGAAUGUAUAUGGACGCGGGUGAAUCUUAUCCUGAUAUAGCGGCUGAUGAUGCCGGUUUGGAAGUUUCUCAAGACUUUCGGACAAGCUUUUUUAUCUUACUUGCUAUCUACUUUCCAGCUGUUACUGGGAUUAUGACGGGGACAAAUAUGAGUGGUGACUUGAAAGAUCCUCAGAAAUCGAUUCCAUGUGGAACGAUUGCCGCAACAUUAACAACAUCCGCAAUUUAUUAUGCAUUGGCAUUGCUAUUCGGUGCUUCAAUUACCGGACCGGUUCUACGUGAUAAGUAUGGAAGAAGCUUGGACAGUUCCAUGAUUGCUGCACUGCUAUCUUGGCCUUCACCAUGGAUUGUUAUCACUGGCUCUUUCUUAUCUACAUUUGGUGCCGCCUUACAGUGUUUGUGCAGUGCACCACGAUUAUUACAGUCAAUUGCUAAAGACGAUGUUAUACCAGUAUUAGCACCUUUUUCCAAAGUUACAGGAACUAAUGAACCAUUUCUGAGAUAA